AGAGUGGACCACGUUAGCGUUUUAGUGGCGCAUUGUGAGACUGAGACACUGACACAGGUUAGACUGCUAACACAACCCUCCUUCUCUUUAUUUGGAUUGUUCAUAGAAAGUGGGUUUGUUUUCAAAUGCUUUUGCGCUGUGCCCUCUUUCUGCAGUGAUAAUUUACCUAUGGAGGGUGGUAUCAUCAUGGUGUCAAGGUUGUGAUGACUUAGUCCUAUCUAUGUCAGAACUGUGGUCGACAUGUGAUUUUUAAGGGGCGAUGUGGGCCUCAUGUGGAUGUGAUAACGUAGUUCAGAGGGGUGCUGGGGUUUGGACUGAGGAGAGCCCUUUGAAGGUACACAGAUAAAGCCACUCGCAGCCUCACCGGGACGAAUUCUAAAAGGCAGAAUUCAAUUUCCCGGUGUGCCGUCGCACAGAGUGAUGUCAGAGGUGAGCGGAGAGGGCGGGGUUAAGGUCCCUUCGCAACUGCGGCCCGCAUGGCCCCGACCCGGCCAGGUCAGCGUGGGGGGCCGGCGUCUCCCAAAUCUUAAAUCUGCCCAGUGUCAAACAUUAACCGCGGGACAAACACACAGCAAUGGCAAACAGGAUCAGAGUAAACAGAAUGUGGAGCUUCAGAGAUGAGCUGGCUGUCACACCGAGUCCCAGGAGGGGUGGGGGCGGGGGGGACAGAAGCCACACAGGAAGAGGCUGAAGAAUGGAGAGGCUGAGAGAACAGAGAGGAUCAGGGUGUUCAGAGCAUGAAUGGCAAUGAAAGGAACUGAAAGUGAAGUCCUGGGGGAGCUGUCAGCAUUCGUUCUGCACGUUCACUGUAAAGGGUCUCUGGUUCGGAGAGACACUGAGCGGCUCUCUCUCCCACACUCAGAUUAAGGUGGGCAGACUCGCUGGUGUCCCAGCUGCGCCGUGUGAAGGGAAUCGCUCUGCGCAGAACCUGUGGAGACCUUUGGGGACCGACUCUUCAUCUUGGAGGAAGACUUCCUCUCUGAACUUUAAGCCAGAGCAGCUGUUUGGACGAGAGACGCAGAGCCCAACCUAUUGUACAGACGUUGUGGACCAAUCAGCUGUCAGGAUGAGAGAGUGGACAGAACCUGAGAUGAGCAUGUCAGCCAAUGGCUACCUGUCUGUGACUGAUGGUUAUGGGAUUACAGAGCCUCUGCAGUAUUAUGAUGUGCUGUCGGACCCCAUGGGUUACCCCUUCCAGGACCCGGAGCUGCAGGGCCUUCCCUACGGCCAGCAGCAGUACAGCCCUGUCAACAUGCAGUUCCCCCUCCCCUCCUCCCAGCCCUGCUACCCGCCCUACACCUACAGCUCUCCCUGCCCCGAGCUGCCCUGUGAGCCGGGCGUGGAGGGCCCCCUGGAGGCCAGGGGUGGAAUGACAGGGCUGCCCCUGCUGAAACGGGCCAGGCUGGGAGCCGGCGGCCGGGUCAGGGGGCAGGACGAGCUGUGCGUGGUGUGCGGAGACAAGGCCUCGGGGUACCACUACAACGCGCUCACCUGUGAGGGCUGUAAAGGUUUCUUCCGGCGCAGCGUGACCAAGAAGGCGGUGUACCGCUGCAAGAGCGGCGGGGGCUGUGAGAUGGACAUGUACAUGAGGAGGAAGUGCCAGGACUGCCGGCUGAGGAAGUGCCGCGCCGUCGGCAUGCUGGCGGAGUGUCUGCUUACGGAGGUUCAGUGCCAGUCCAAGAGGCUGAGAAAGAGUGCCAAGCACAGGGGCCCAUCUGUGGACACCAUCAAACCUGAGGAGGAGGAGAAUACAGAGAGCAGAAGUGUCUCCUCUACCAGCAGGAUGCCAGGGCAGGUAUCAGCAGGUCUGUCAGGAGAGGAGCAGCACUUGCUGGACAGGAUUGUUGAGGCUCAUCGUCGCUACAGAACACAGGACGCCUCACACUGCAGGAUGCAGGAGUGGCCGGGCCUGGCUGAGGGGAUGGACAUGCUGGCAGACCUGACCUCUCCUCACUGUCAGCGGCUGCUUCGGUUCUCCAGGAGUGUGCCAGGGUUCGAGCUCCUGGACUGCACUGAUCAGAGGACCCUCCUCACUGGCUCCUCCGUAGAGGUCAUGUUCCUUCUCUCGGCGCAGCUCUUUGCUCAGGGACCCCCGGAGACCACUCCUGAGGCCCUGUCCUUGUCCCUGUCGAUGCUGUAUCCCCUGAGUUUGGACCUUUCUCCGCUGCACUGGCUAAGGACUCUAGACUUUAAGGAAUGUGAAGGGAAGAUGCUGCCGAACUCAGGAGUCUCUGAAGAAAUAUUGGGACCAGUAAUAAACUUCUUCCACAGCAUGGCUGCACUUGGUGUGACAGAGGCCGAGUAUGCCCUACUGACCGCCACGGCUGUGCUGUGUUCAGACAGAGCACCUCUAAGUGUUGCCCCCAGUGUGGAGAGCCUACAGGAGCCUAUCCUGGACCUGCUCUCCCGGGUGUGCAGCCUGCAUUGCGGCCCCCGGGGGCCCCCCGACCCGCAGCGUUUCGCCCGGCUCCUGGGGAGGCUGACAGAGCUGCGGACACUCCGACACAACCACCUCACUCUGCUACGGCAACAGCCCUGGGCCACACAGAGCCACUGAGAGAGAGACAGAGAGAGAGAGAGAGAGAGAGACGCUGAGGGGCAGGACUGGGCAGGGGAGGAGUGGAGAGAGAGAUGGAUGGAAAAAGACCAAAACAUAUUGCCUGCGUGGAGGAAAAGAACACGGGUUUAACUGUUGUUGUGACAUUGAGCCAUGACUGCCUGUCCUGCUCCACUGACUCUCCAGCACCCUAGUUCUCCUAUUAAGAGUGGACGGGCACUUCAAGAAAUCUCUUUGUGUUCAGUACUGUCUGCGCCAGAUUCUUAUCAAAUAAGAAGCCUGUUUACCUAUUAAAGUAACAAUAAAAUAAUCUAAGAAAUGGAAGACAUUCCAAAAUUAGUUUUCAACCACACAAUAACCAAUAUUAAGCAUUUUGUAUCUAAAAUUCCUAUCACAAGAGAGUCACUUUACCUCUUUCAGUUUUUUUCUAUUGUCAGACGUGUAAUUAUUGUUAAUUGGUCAACAGUAAAACAUUUUUUUUUCUUUCAAAGUGUGGGCGUGUCUUAUUAUAAAGCAGGUUGGAAGGUACGCUGUAAGUGACAGACAGCAGAAUUAGAUUUGAAUAAGAGCCGCUGGAUUAGAAAUGUCAUACUGUCGCUUUGAUCCUUAGACUCCCCUGUUUCCUUGUUGAAUAAUUGACUUGACCUAUGAUUUUUGUUUUCAUGUUUUUGCGGUGCACUGAGCCAUGCUCAUAGGUCAUUCAGGGUAUCUGAAUGUGUGGGGAGGGGUAAAUACACUGUGUUGAAACCUCCAUGUUGUCAUGUGUGUCUCACAUCUUCAUUGGUUUUAAAAGAUGCAAGUUUUCCACCACUGAAACCAAGUCUGUAUUUCUGAUAACUGUCACCACAUUAGUAAAGCAAAGGUUGUUGCGAAACUAACUAAAUCAACUGAAAACUUUUCAUAAAGAACCAAUGAGCCUUACAGCUUUGUGAUUGUAUAUCUUAUCUAUCAAAAAUUGUUUUGACAGGAAAUGGGCUAAUAUGCAACAGGCCCAGCUGUCUGCAUAGGAAGUUUUUUGUACACAAUAAUCUGCGACUAAUCUGCAAUAAUCUGCAGCAAUAAUAAAUCAUU